AGUUGGAAAAAGUGAAAGUUGGCAAUUAUCUAGUUUCUACCGAUAUUAACAAUAACAAGAAGUGUGUUCACCUACCUACAUUACAACUACUCUUACUCUUUCAUUUCCCAUUCAAUAUAAUAAUAAUAAUCAUAUAUAAUGCAUAUGCAGUAGCCAUAGCUAUAAACUCUCAUUCCUCUUUCUUCUUUCUCAAUUCUCAAUUCUCAAUGGCCUUCACCACCCGAGUUCUCGCCUUACUCUUCCUCCUCCUCGCUCUCUACUGUGCCACUGACCCAUUUAAGCACAGCGCCAUCUCCGAUUUCCCCGACUUUCAAGCUCACUACAUAAAUAUCUCCUCUUGGUCCGAAAUUCCAACCCACAGAGACCGCCAAAAUUUGCUCCAAAACUCGGAGAUUAAGUUUUUGAACCUUGUUCAGGGUCCUGAGAGUGUCACCUUUGAUUCUCUUGGCCGUGGACCUUACACUGGUGUCGCCGAUGGUAGAAUUCUCUUCUGGAAUGGCCACUCUUGGACUGAUUUCGCCUAUACAUCGCCCGAUAGAUCAGAAAUAUGUGAUCCCAAACCAUCACCUUUGAGUUACAUUGCAAAUGAGCACAUCUGUGGUCGGCCUCUUGGGCUCCGGUUUGACAAGAAAACAGGAGAUUUAUACAUUGCAGAUGCCUAUCUUGGGCUACUCAAGGUGGGACCUGAAGGUGGACUCGCAACACCACUUACAACUGAGGCGGAAGGAGUGCCAUUAGGUUUUACUAAUGAUCUAGACAUUGAUGAAGAAGGGAAUGUCUAUUUCACAGAUAGCAGCACCAAGUACCAGAGGAGGAACUUCUUGCAGUUGGUUUUCUCUGGAGAUGAUUCUGGCAGAGUUCUAAAGUACAAUCCAGAAACAAAGAAAACUACUGUACUUGUACGGAAUAUCCAAUUUCCAAAUGGUUUGACCUUAAGCAAGGAUGGUUCUUUCUUUAUCUUCGCCGAGGGAUCUUUGGGCAGGUUAAGUAGAUAUUGGUUGAAAGGGGAAAAGGCAGGAACCACAGAUGUAUUCGCCCUUCUCUCCGGAUUUCCUGAUAAUGUCAGGACCAACGAAAAGGGUGAAUUUUGGGUAGCAAUCCACUGUCACAGGACAAUCUAUUCUCACCUAACUGCUUUGUACCCAAAGGUAAGGAUGUUCCUGCUUAAGUUCCCGAUUUCUGCUAAAAUGCAAUUCAUGCUUCACAUUGGAGGCUGGCCACAUGGAGUAGUGGCCAAGUAUAGCCCAGAAGGGAAGCUCUUACAGAUAUUAGAAGACAGCCAAGGGAAGGUUGUUAAAGCUGUUAGUGAAGUUGAGGAAAAGGAUGGAAAAUUAUGGAUAGGAAGUGUUCUGAUGCCUUUCAUGGCAGUUUACAACUUAACUUGAAUCUCUAUCUUACUUUAUUCAAAGAAAAAACUAAAGAGCAAGAGCUAGCUUCUGCAACUGCAACACUGUUGACUAGUUACACAAACCAAUAUUUAUGUGAGUCUUUGCCCCAUGUUUUAGAAUUUCAUGUGCAAAUUUUGGGGCUCCACUGAAUCACCCAUCCUUUCAAGUCUUUUUUUAUCUAAUUGUCUUGUGAUUUACGGAUUUGAGUAGGACUUCAAAUAUAUUAAAAAUGGAUAUAGCAGGUUGAUUUUUUGGGUGUAGUUUCACUAUUUCUUGAAGAAUAUAAAUAAAUGGGCGCAUCGCGCUCGGGUGUAGCGAUGCCCAAUUCGUAUUUUUGAUA